CUCCAGCACACAGACCCAGCGUGACUGAGCAGUUCGCAGAGGACGCAUGUCAGGAGUACGGAUAUCAUCUCAUUACCAAGGAGUGGCUAGAAGAACAUGGCUAUGUGUUAACAGAGCGCUGGCUAGAGAAGUUGGCCUUAUUGCAUAAGCACCAGCAAGCACCUUACCACGUCGCGUCAAUCCGAGUCAAUGGCCGUUCCCUUUACAGAACCGUAAUGUUUAGCGCACAAAAGCAGACGUUUCAGAACGCCACAAGCAAAACUCAAGCCCAGAUUCUCUGUGUCAGGACAUGUGAGACCGGUGUUCUUGGACCAAACCUGAGUUGUGUGUGUAACCGCACCUCAACCUAUGGUCAAUAUUGUGAAAAGGCAUGCAAGUGCUUGAAUCAGGGUCAGUGUGACAACAAAGGUGAAUGCAGCUGCCCGAAAGGAUUCACCGGAGACAAGUGCCAACUCGUUGUGUGUACACAUCCCUGGGUGAAAAAGAACAAAUUAUGCGAAUGUACGACCAGACUAGAUGGACCUAACUGCACAGAAGCAUGCAAAUGCUUGAAUGACGGCCAGUGCACCGAAGAUGGCACCUGCAUCUGCCGGAAACGUUUCCAUGGAGAUCAGUGUCAGAACAGUUUCAAGACAAAGUGCCUGGGUACAGAUAAGGCAAUGUACACCUGGAUGGCUCUUGCCGGCUUGCCGUGUCAUCCACACCUCGACGGUGACAGCUGCCAGAAGAAGACGAACUUGACGCAUGCCCGACAGAUGUGCAAGAGAAGAGGAUACGACGUGGUAGACUAUAAUGCCUUCACAACCCUGUCUCUGGGCGUGCGGGACUGCAUGGAAGCAUUGCUCAACAAGAUGAUGGCAAGCAAUUUCAACAACCCUAUCACAAUAUGGACAUCUUUCUUGAGGGAUGGCAAGCAUGUCAUUUACAAGGAGGGCAAGAACAACUUAAGAGAAGAGUUACAUGAUAGUAGUGGAGCAAGCCAUCUUGAUUUUGAGAUGAUGGCGAGCGGUGACAGCAACCCUAUCUCCCUAUCGUCAGGGCAAGGACAAAUUAAGAACAAGUUGAGAGAAGAGUUACAUGAUGAUGGUAGUGGAGCAAGCCAUCUUGAUGUCAAGAUGAUGGCGAGCGGUGACAGCAACCCUAUCUCCCUAUCCUCAGGGCAAGGACAAGUUAAGAACAAGUUGAGAGAAGAGUUACAUGAUGAUGGUAGUGGAGCAAGCCAUCUUGAUGUCAAGAUGAUGGCGAGCGGUGACAGCAACUCUAUCUCAAUAUCGGCAUCGCUCGAGGAGGAUGACCAAAAUAUCAUGUACCAGCAGCGCAAGAACCAGUUAAGAGAAGAGUUACUUGAUAGUAACGGAGCAAGCCAUCAUGAUGUCAUCUGCGAAGCCAAGUGGCUUCACGCCAACUCCUCAGUAUACACCACAGCAACGCCAGCGCUGAGGCCCAAAGUCACUGAGCAAUUCGCAGAGGAGGCAUGUGAGCAGUACGGACUUCACCUCAUAACCGGGGCCUGGCUGCAAGCACAUGGCCAUGUAUUAAGAGAGAGCUUCCUAGAGAGAUUGGCUAUUCGGCAAGCACCUUACCACGUCAAACCAAUUGUGGUGAACGGCAACUCCCUUUUCAGAACCGUAACGUUUAGCGAGGGAAAACAGAGGUUUGUGAACACCACAAGCAAUCACCGAGCCCAAAUCCUCUGUGUCAUGUGCAAGUGUUUGAACCAGGGUCAGUGUGACGACAAAGGCAAAUGCAUCUGCCCGAAGGGAUUCACCGGAGACAAUUGCCAGAAGGUUGUGUGCACACAUCCCUGGGUGAAAAAGAACAAAGUAUGCGAAUGUAAACCCAGACUAAAUGGACCUAACUGCACAGAAGCAUGCAAUUGCCUGAAUAAUGGUCAGUGUACUGAAGAAGGCGCCUGCGUCUGUCCGACCGGAUUCCGGGGAGACCAAUGUCAGGACACUCAGUUGUACGCACUACGCCAUUUCCCGCCUCAGAUCUGGGCCAAAUUUCAGGACAAAGUGCCUGGGUACGGACAAGGUGAUGUACACCUGGACGGCUCUCGCCGGCUUGCCGUGUUAUUCUGGCAGGUGCCCGAAGAUAACCAGUUGGAGGAAAGCCAGAGACGCAUGCAGUGA